AUGUCUCCGCCAUCGCUGCAGGCUUCCCAGCCAUCCCCCGUACCUGCAAAACUGAGCAGUGAUCCGGAGACGCUGCACCAAGCGUUUCACUACGCCGACAUUGCAGCUUUUUUAUUGCAGCCUCCCCAGCCACACUCCAUUGAAGCCUGCCGCGAGCUUUGUCGGCAAAACGACACCUGUGCAGCGUGGGAGGUAUGCGCGCCUUUGGGUGAUGGGUGCGAUGGCUGCUACCUAGUAUCCCGUGCUCCGCGCCGUUGGGACCAACGUCAGGGCUGGCACGCGGAGAUCUUGAAAGGCAGGGAGGAGCUUGGGUGGAACCAAGAGAAUGAGUUCAGCCCAGCGAACCUCACCAAGGAAGGCUGCAAGGAGUUCUUGCUGCAAGCAAACGGAGCAGACCAGAGCGUCCCUUUCCACGAGCCGGCAAUCAUGCAGAAGUAUGCCGCGUGCUUUGGCAACAUAACGCCGGACCGAGACUCCCGGGACCUCAGCGUCGUGGGACAGCACUGGCCGACCUUCGUUGUCACGAACUUUCGCGAGCCGCCGGUUCUGCUGCCGCAGGACGUGGAGCAGGAGAUGUUGGCUGCUGCACCUCGUUCCCCUCGUAGCCCCUCGCCGCUUGCCGCAGCAGCGCUGGCGGCUGCUGAGCGACCAGGUGUCACGGCGCAGCUUCAUGGCACUAUCGGGUCGCAGAACUGGGAAGACCGGAAGAACAAGGGUCGUGCUCCGCAUGCUUUCCUCCUACCGUUCUACGACACCAAUAUAGGGCACUGGAUGAAGCAGCAUGGCUCCAUGAACCCUCUGCAAUCCUACGAGAUGCAGUCCCUUCUGCAACCAGGGGACACAGUGAUUGAUGUGGGAGCCAACCUCGGCUGCUACACAGUGCCCUUCGCGGAGCGUGUGGGCGUGGCAGGCAAGGUCAUCUCCUUCGAGCCUUUCCGUUGGCUUCGGCAAGUCGUAGCAGCCAAUGUUGCCAUGAACGGCCUCAGCAACGUUUGGCUUCCUCCUGUGGGACUCAGCACGUCACGAGCAAGCUUCGAGGCACGCCCACCUCAGCUCAAAUUCUUCUCAUCGCCUGGCGGCAUGAAGCUUCAACAGCAGCAGCAGGAUGCAAAGCCAGAGGAGGUCAUGCAGCUGUAUGACUGGGACUCUGCCCCAGAACGCAUCACAGUCCUAAGCCUCGAUGAAGUUCUUGGGCUGGUGCCUUCUCCUGGCGUGGAGCUCUUAGGCCUCCCCCAGGUGGACGACGUUCGGCUGAUCAAGAUCGACGUGGAAGGAAUGGAGAAGGAGGUGCUUGCAGGGGCACGACGAGCUGUACAGGCAUUUAAGCCCAUCGUCUGGACCGAGAACGUCGCGUAUUUUUCGUCGAACGGUCAGGAUGUGUCCUUCCUGCAGAUAAUGGACGAGAUGGAGUAUGCGUGUGCUCAGGCGCAAAACGCACCAAAUGACAUCAUUUGCACCGACCGGCAAGGUCGAGGGCAUCAAAUUCUUUAA